AUGACCACCAGUGGCAACGCGCUGCUGCUCAAAAAGCAGCUGGUGGAGCUGCGCAAGAACCCGGUCGAUGGGUUCAGUGCGGGUCUGAAGGACGACAGCAAUCUCUUCGAAUGGGACAUUAUGAUCAUUGGCCCGAACGAUACGCUGUAUGAGGGCGGCUUUUUGCGUGCCGAGCUCAGCUUUCCGCAGGAAUACCCCCUCUUGCCGCCCAAGCUGACAUUCAAAACGCCUAUGUGGCACCCGAAUAUCUACCAGGAUGGGACGCUGUGUAUCUCGAUCCUGCAUGAGCCUGGCACGGACGAGUACGGAUACGAAGACGCCAGCGAGCGCUGGCUCCCAGUUCAUACCGUCGAGUCGAUCCUCGUGUCGGUCAUCAGCCUGCUCAGCACCGACCCACCCAACACUGACUCGCCGGCCAAUAUCGAUGCAGCCAAGCAGGUCCGCGAGGACCUCGUCGGCUACCGCCGCAAGGUCCGCCGCCUCGUACGCCAGUCGAGCGAAGAGGCGUUUGAUUAG